UUUGCACUUGCAGAGCGAAAGCUUAUCUCCCCUUGGCCGCGGCCUAUCCACCCCGCACGCACGCACGCCCAUCAGCCACCGAAGCAGCCAGCCAUGGCGCUCUCCGUCUCCUCCCUCGCCUCCGCUUUCUCCCACCUCUCCCUCCCCUCCACCUCCGCUCCCCACCCGCCCCCUCUCCUACUCCGCCUCCUCCCGUCCCCGCACCGCGCCGCUCGCCUCGCCCUCUCCGCCUCCGCGGCCGACGCCGCCGAGCCGGUCGAGGCGGAGGCGCCGGCCGUGGACGAGGUGCUGGCGGUCGAGGCGGAGGCGGAGGAGGAUGCGCUCUCCGGAUUCGCGCUGCGCAAGUACGUGAAGCAGCGGCUGCCCGGGGGAUUCGCCGCGCAGCGGAUCACCGCCACGGGCCGCCGCAAGACGGCAUCCGCUCGCGUCGUGCUCCAGGAAGGCACCGGCAAGGUGUUCAUCAACUUCCGCGACGCCAAGGAGUAUUUGCAAGGAAAUCCAAUGUGGAUGGAGUAUUGCAAGGUCCCCCUUGCAACUCUAGGGUUUGAGAACAACUACGAUGUCUUUGUGAAAGUUCAGGGGGGUGGUCUCUCAGGCCAGGCCCAGGCUAUCUGCCUGGGUGUGGCGCGUGCGCUGCUGAAGAUCAGCCCCGCCAACCGAGUUCCUCUGAGGUCAGAAGGCUUGCUGACAAGAGAUACCCGUAUUGUCGAAAGGAAGAAGGCUGGUCUCAAGAAGGCGCGCAAGCGUCCCCAGUUCUCCAAGCGUUGAGGAGGAUACUUCAUUGUUGUUAGAAUCUCAUGUUCUGUGCCAUCUUUCCCCACGUGAAAAAAUCCCUCUUCUGUUGUUGUUCUGUGCUGGACGCCACAGAUUUGUAAUAUUCGUUUUCUGAAAGCAAUUUUCUUGAGGUUACAGAAGACAGUUCUCUUAUAAUCACUGUCCAAAUUUGACGUGGUUGCUCAAGCUCGAAGUCCACCUUCAGAUUGAGUGAGUGCGUGUAAUGUUCACUGCAAAAGCCAGAACUGGUACAUAUAUUUUCGUGGUAAUUUUUCAGGGUGA